AUGAAGUAAUAACAAAAUCCCAUUGGCUCUCUUUCUCAACUCAGUUUUCAGUUUAAGUUCCCACAGUAAUGAAUUUUGCUCCUUCCAAUGGACACCAUCGUUAACUCAGCGCUCGAAGAAAUCUGCGCGCAUGGCGAAUCUGGUCUUCCUGUCUCUAAACUCUGGCAAAAGUUACGGCCUUCAAUUUCAAAUCAAGGCCUUAAACUUUGCCCAAACGUCAAAAAGGUCCUUUGGUCGAACCUUAUUGACAUUCCAGGCCUUAAAUUCGAAUCCCAUGGCGUUGUUUAUAAUUCUCAGGAGGAUAAUUGUAUUCGAUCGGUGGAGCAAAGUGAGCGAUUGAAUUUGAAAAUUAUAGCGCCGGAUUAUAUGUGUGAUAAUUUCGUUGGAAUUUAUGAUAUUGAAGCCUCUGAUGCUAAGCUUUCUAAGCCUGAACGUCGUGCUCUUGGUUGCCUCGCCACUCUUAGAGGAAAUGGAAUCGCCCAAAAUGAGCUUGGUAAAGACUUUGACAUUAAAGGAAAUGACAUGUUCUACAUAUUGAAGAAGCUUGAAAGCCGAGGAUUGAUUGUCAGACAGUCAACAAUUGUUAGGACAAGAGACAUGGACGGAGAAGGGGACUUGAAAAAAAAUCCAGUUAAUACCAAUAUGCUCUACUUAUCACGCUACGCAAAGAAUUUGGGUAGUCAACAAAGGCUUGAGAUAACCAAGGGGGAUAAUUCCUUGGCGGAUAGUGAGAUCAUUGAUGGAAGAGAUGAAAAUAGUGGUGGUGUCGCUGAGGAAUCUCUUAAAGUAGAUGUGCAUGUAAAAGAUUUUCUUCCGGAACUAGAAGCUAUCUGUGAUAAGCUUGAAAAAGCUGAAGGAAAGGUCCUUGCUAUAACAGAUAUCAAGCAAGAACUUGGUUACCGAAUGACUUCCGGGCAUAGGCGAUGGAGAUUUGUUCUCAACAAGCUGAAGGAGGCUCAAGUGGUGAAGAAGGAAAAAGUCAUAGUAGACGGGAAGGAACUCGAGUGUAUAUAUCUAUUGAAGGCGUUUUCACGAAAACAUUUUGAGCAAAAAUCUAGCAUGCGUGGAUGUGAUGAUCUUGAUAAUGAAACAGCAAUGAAAAAGGCCAAGAGAGGUCACAUUUCGGACCUGCUUUUAGAGCUUCCUAUAGAGCAUCAGAUUUAUGAUAUGGUUGAUGCUGAGGGAGGUAGAGGGUUGCCAUUCAUUGAGGUGUGCAAAAGGCUGGGAAUAAACAACAAACAACACUAUGGUCGGCUGUUUGAUAUUAUUAAGAGAUUCGGAAUUCAUAUGGAGCCAGAACUCAUGAACAGGACCAAGGGUUACCGACUCUGGACGCCUGGAAACCGUAAUCCUGGAGCUUCAACUAUCACUCUGAAUGAACCAGUAGUAGACCCUUCGGAAAUUUCUGGGUGCACUCCACUUGGAACACAUUUAGAAUUUCAAGAGAACUCGGCAUUAGCUAUACAAGCAGUGGAUGCUUCAGUUCCUGAAGGUGACAGUGCAGCUAAUAGCGAAAAUGUAAACACAAGAAUCGAAACAAAAGUUUCUGAUGGCUUGGUGCUGGAUGAAAAGGAUGAAUCUGUCCCACUUUUUCUGAGCAGAUCACCGGACUCGACCAUCAAGGUAAGCAGUACCACUUCUGAUCCAGAUAUACAGACUGUGAGUGCAGCAUCACUGAAUGUUGCUCCAGUGGAAGCGCUGGCUCUUGCUGUGCCUACACCUUCAAGACGCCGAUCUUAUCCAAGGUAUCCCUGUCUUACAUUUGAUGCAGCCAAUGCAAAGAGGGAGCAGUGGAUACUUAAACUUCUACAGGAGGAGAAGUUCCUGGUUAGAUCAGAGCUAUACAGACGGAUUCAGGAUCUUGAGAAGGAGAAGACGACAAUGACGGACAGAAAGACCUUAGAUCGUUGUCUGAAUAGGCUCUUGCAAGGAGGACAUUGUAAACUUAUCAUUGUUUAUGUCCCUGUUCUAACAAAUUGCAAAAACAGCCGUCGGAUACAGGUGGUUUUGCACCCUUCGGUUUCUACUGUAUCUGCUGAACAGAUUCAUGAGAGAUUCAGGUCUUUUGAGUCACAAGUUCGCUCUCAAUCCUAUUCUCAAUUGGAAAAGGGAGAGCCAAUUCCUCAACUGAAUGAUCUCACUAGGACCCAUAAAAGCACAAAAUUGGAUAACCAAGCUGAGCGAGCUGAAGCCAUGCGUGCAAAUGGAUUUGUACUGGCCAAGAUGGUUCGCACAAAGCUUCUUCACGUCUAUCUGUGGGAAUAUGUGAAUAGUUUGCCUUGUUGUGAUGAUGAUUUGUCAUCUUUUAAAAACGGUCAUGACCUAAAAAAUCCUCAUAGUACAUGUAAAUUAAUUGAUCUAAAUGCAGCCAUUAAGGCCAUGCCGCUUGAACUGUUUUUACAAGUUGUUGGAUCUACUCAGAAGUUUGAGGAUAUGAUAGAGAAAUGUAGAAAUGGAUUUUGCCUUUCUGAUCUUCCUCUGCUGGAGUACAAGCGUCUGAUGGAUAUCUUAGCGAUUGGACGACUAUCAUGGUUGAUUGACAUUUUACGACGUUUGAAGUUGUUUCGGCUUGUAUGUGGUGGACAUCCAGAAAACACAGAAAAUCUCCCUCAUACUACUCUGACUCAUGCAUUGGAGCUUAAACCUUACAUUGAGGAACCUGUUUGCUCAGUGGGUUCAUCUCAUGUUAGUCAUUGUCCAGAUCUUCGCCCUCAUAUCAGACAUGACUUUGUUCUUUCUAGUAGAAAAGCUGUUGAGGAAUACUGGAACACUUUAGAGUACUGCUAUUCUGCUAGUGAUCGUAAAGCCGCUUUGCAUGCAUUCCCCGGCUGCACAGUUAAUGAGGUAUUUCUCUUCAAGUCAUGGGCCUCAGUUAGAGUUAUGACGGCUGAUCAGCGGGCUGAACUCCUUAAGCGUGUUAUUAACGAUGGCCCGCACAGAAAACUUUCAUUCAAGGAGUGUGAGGAGAUUGCUAAAGAUCUGAAUUUGACUUUGGAGCAGGUACUUCGAGUCUAUUAUGAUAAGCGACAACGAAGACUUACCAGAUUUGAGCGAGCUUCAGAUGCUGGAAAGGGCGAAAUUCAACCAAAUCAAGGUACGCCUGCAUUAUCUCCAAAAAAAAGGAAAAGAUCUGUAAAAGGGAAAUCCUCAAAGCAUGCAGAAGCUGGCAUCGAGUUUGGACAGCCCCAUCAGAUGCUUAGCCAGAUAGUCAAUGAGGAACAAAGCUCUUUCCUGUCUACUUCUUGCUCACGCACAUGCAGCUUGGAGGAAUAUCACGUAAGAGAUGAUGUGGUAGCUGCUGAAGAAUCAGAAUUACCUGAAGAUGAUGGGGUAGGGCGUGCUUUUCUUGCUAAAUGUGCCUUAUCAAGAGUAAAGCCUACACGCAGGGGAAAGUUUCAUUGGACAGAUGAUGCAGAUAGGGAACUGGUGAUCGAAUAUGCAAGACACCGAGCUUCUCUUGGAGCAAAAUUCCAUCGUGUAGACUGGGGAAAACUUCCAAAUCUACCAGCACCACCUGAUUCCUGCAGAAGGAGAAUGUCGGUGUUAUUGAGAACUAGUCCACAGUUCUGCGAUUCUGUUAUGAGACUGUGUAAUGUGCUUAGUCAGCGUUAUGUGCAUUACCUUGAGAAAUUCCAAAAUAAAACAUUGAACCAUGAGGGUCACCAAGCAAUGCACUGUGAUUUUUUUAAACUUACCUCAGACUUCCUCUCUCAAGAGCCGUGGGAUAACUUUGAUGAUGCCAAUAUAAAAUUGGCCCUGGAUGAUGCUCUGCGAUACAAAAAGAUAGCCAAAUCGGCGACCGUGAAGGAUGUUCAACCUUUCUUUGAUAAGUGCUCAGAUGUUAAUACCAAUGAAAGACAUGUUUCUUAUGGUCCUCAAUCAGUUUUACCACUUUCUGGUGGCCAAUAUGUUGAAAAUUUUCCUGGAAAGACUGAAGAUUCUAGUGCACCAUUAAGCUCAAAUAGGAUCUUGCAGAAGUAUGUGAAACUUACAAUUGGCGGUACCGCCAUUAGUAAACGGUUAUAUGAAUCAGUAGCUGUUGCUAAUGCUGCAGAGCUAUUUAAGCUCAUCUUCCUCUGUAGCUCAAAAUCUCCGCUUGUGCCGACCUUGCUUGCUGAAACUUUAAGGCGCUAUUCUGAGCAUGAUCUCUUUGCUGCUUUCAACUACCUCAGGGACAAAAAAGUUUUGAUUGGGGGAAAUUCCAAUAGUCCUUUUGUCCUUUCUCAGACCUUCUUGCAUUGUAUAUGUAUUUCUCCAUUCCCACCUAAUACUGGAAAAAGAGCUGCUAAGUUUGCUAGCUGGCUUUGUGAAAGAGAGAAGGAACUGAUCGCUGAGGGGGUGGAUAUUCCAAUUGAUUUGCAGUGUGGAGAUGUUUUCCACCUCUGUGCUCUACUUUCUUCAGGAGAACUAUCAAUUGCACCAUGCCUACCGGAUGAAGGUGUUGGAGAGGUGGAGGAUUCCAGAGUAGCUAAACGUAAAUACGAUGACGGUGAAUUUUCUGAGAGUGAUAGGUAUAAAAAGUUGAAAACUUCAACGGCUGGUGAUGGUGAGAUUUGUUCACGACGUGCAAAAGGUUUUCCAGGAAUUAGGUUGUGCUUGAGGCAUGCUGCAUUUUCAAGAAUAAAAACUAUGGAUUCACUCAAAGACAUUGACAAAUAUAAUCGCAUACUAUCUGUUGAAGAGCAUCAAGCCGUUACUACAUCAGGCGCUGAUCUUGGUAGUGUCUCAUUCGACUCAGAUGACCAAGUAAAUGAACUUCAUGAUAGUGAGGUCCCAUAUACUGCAGUUUCUCCCACCGAGUCACCAUGGCAAGCCAUGACUACCUAUGCUCAACAUGUUUGUUCUUUUGGUUCUUGCCCUGAACAGAAUUCUCUGGUACAUCCAGAAAUGUUUAGGUCUGUUUAUUCUGCUAUUCAAAUGGCUGGCGACCAAGGUUUGUGCAUGAAAGACAUCUCGAAGAUUCUAAAGAUGCAGGAGAAAAAAGUAUCGGAAGCUGUUGUUGAGCUGCUAGAAGCAUUUGGACGAGUUUUGAAGGUCAAUGCCUAUGAUUCUAUUCGGGUGGUUGAUUCUUUAUAUCGUUCCAAGUACUUUUUGACUCCAGUGGCUGCUAUUCAUCAAGAUGCUACAUUAUCUUCUUGUGGAGAUUCUGAAGCUAAAGUAGAUGAGUCUAUUACCCACAAUGGAGAAGAUCAUAAAGAUGUUGAGUUGCAGAAGGAAAUGAGUGGGAAUUCUGAUAAGGUACACAAAAUCACAAUUCUUAAUCUUCCUAAAGCAGUUGCUGAACCUUCCAGUGAAAAGCAAGCCAUCAAUGAGGCCAAAGGUUGUCGCCAUACCGAAGCUAGUUCACCCACAAGAAAUCACCCAGAAGAACCAUAUGAGCUCCGCUCUAAUGGUUUGCAUUUGUGUAAGCCAAUAUUGCCUUGGCUAAAUGGUGAUGGUACGACAAAUAAACCUGUCUACAAGGGACUUGUACGCCGUGUUCUUGGCAUAGUGAUGCAAAAUCCAGGAAUAGAAGAGGGUGAUAUUAUCAGGCAGAUGCAUGUUCUGAAUCCUCAGAGUUGCAGAAGUUUGUUAAACAUGAUGGUUCUGGACAACGAUAUCUUUGUGCGUAAGAUUCCUCAAACAAGACCAGCCGAGGCCCCAACGCUUCUUGGUAGUCUUCUUGGUGGCCAUUUCAAGAAGGCGAAGUUAAUUUCAAGGGAGCAUUUCUUCGCAAACCCCUCUAGUACACACCUCUUGUAAAGAACAAUAAGUAUGUAUUUGUGUGGGUCGACGUUGGAUCUAGUUAUUUAUUUGUUCUUCGCUUUUGUCUCCUAGUACGAAAACAGCCUCUCUGCCCUCCCAGGGUAGGGUUAAGAUUUGCGUAUACACUACCCUCCCCAGACCCCACUUGUGGAAAUUCACUGGGUUUGUUAUUGUUGUUUUUUGUCUCCUAGUAGUUGUUUGGGAUUGAGGCGUAGUAGUAGUUGUUGUUGUAGUCCCCUAGUGUUGAUCUUUUGUAUAGUAAUUUCUCUUGGAAAGAUGCUCAACUUGUAGACCAAUCAGACAUGCCAGUUUAGUUUAGAAGCAUUUUAUCCCCUAUUUAAUCCGAUAAACUUUUCCA